UGUGCAUUUUUAUUGGAAUUUUAUUAAUAUUUAAUAGAGUUAAAAUAAAAAUUAAGUUUUAAAAUAAUAGUUAACUAAAAAAGCAACAGAAUGGGUAAAAAAUCCAAAGUAGGAAAAGCCCGUAAAGAUAAGUUUUACCAAUUGGCCAAAGAGACGGGUUUUCGUUCCCGUGCUGCUUUCAAAUUGAUACAACUGAAUCGUAAAUUUGGUUUCUUGCAACAGUCUCAAGUAUGUAUAGAUUUGUGUGCGGCUCCCGGUGGUUGGAUGCAGGUGGCUAAACAAAAUAUGCCUGUGUCCAGUAUAGUCAUUGGUGUGGAUUUGUUCCCUAUACGCGGCUUACCUGGCUGCAUAAGUUUGGUGGAAGAUAUUACCACUGACAAAUGUAGGGCUUCGCUCACAAAAGAGUUGCAAUCUUGGAAGGCUGAUGUAGUAUUGCACGAUGGUGCUCCCAAUGUGGGUCGUAAUUGGUUGCACGAUGCUUAUCAACAGAUUUGCUUGACUUUAAUGUCCCUGAAGUUGGCCACAGAGUUUCUGAAAAAUGGUGGUUGGUUUGUUACAAAAGUUUUCAGAUCUAAAGAUUACAAUGCCUUGUUGUGGGUUUUGAAACAAUUGUUUAGGAAGGUGCAUGCCACAAAGCCCAGUGCUUCACGUAAAGAAUCUGCUGAAAUUUUCGUUGUAUGCCAGGGUUAUUUGGCUCCCGAUCGUAUUGAUCCCAAAUUAUUGGAUGCCAAGUAUGUGUUUGAGGAACUCGAUUUGGAGGGCAACAAGAAGGGCAGCUUAUUGCAUCCCGACAAGCAAAAACGCAUUAAAGCUGAAGGUUAUACAGAGCAGGAUAUUGCUUUGAGAAACGAUUUGUCUGCCACCGAGUUCAUGCAGGCCGAAAGUGGUCUGGCUGCUUUGCAGGGCAUUGGCUCGAUACGCAUUGAUGAUGAAAGAAUUGCCAAUCAUCCCAAAACUACAGAGGAAAUUUUGGAAUGCUGCAAAGAUAUCAAGGUGUUGGGUCGUAAAGACAUUAAGGGUCUUUUGGCCUGGUGGAAGGCAAUCAAAGAACAAUAUUUCAAAGAGGAGGAGAAAGAAACCGAAGUUAUUGAGGAAGAAGAUGCUGCCCCAAAACGUCCUUUAACUCAAGAGGAAAUUGAAGAUAUGGAAGAUGAGGAAUUGCAAAAACAAAUCUCCACUUUGGCUGAUGAAGAAAAUAAGGAUGUGAAACGCAAACGCAAGAAGACCUUGAAAGAAAAAGCCAAAUUGCAAGAGAAAAUGAACUUGAAGAUGGUCAUAAAGGGAGAUGAUGGUCCUCAGGAAGAAGUCGAUCAAGAAAUAUUCGAUUUGAAAAUGGUCAAAACCCAAGAAGAGUUGGAUCAAAUGUUGGAUGUAGUGCCAGAUUUUGAUGUGGAAAGCAAUCAGCCAGAGGUACCCAAAUUGCCGAAAUAUAAGAAAUACGACAAAGAUGACAAACGUAUGGAUGAUGAUGCCAAUUACGAAAAUGAUGAUGAGCCCGACGUAUCUGACGAAGAGGAUGAGGAAAGUGAUAUGGACAAAGACGGCUUGGGUUUAAGUGAUGAUGAACAAAUGGAACAAUCCACUAAAGGAGGCAAGAACAAAAAGAAAAAGGAUCAACAUCCACUGAUCAAAUCGGGUGAUUUUCGUGAUAAGGAUACCAAAAGGCAACAGAGGGUACAGUUGUGGUAUGAAAAGGAAAAUCUACAAAAUAUAGACACUGAUGAUGAUGAAGAUUUCGAUUUGGAUCGUAUAGCCAAUGUGUACAAGAGCAAAGGCGUAUCUGUGUUGGGUGAAACACAGGAUACAGGCGAAAGUAAUUUGUUAAUGGGUAAAAAAGCCAAACGCCGUCAGCGUCAUGACAAUGAGAAAAAAGAAUCAUCUUCUGAAUCCUCAAGUGACUCUUCCGAUGAUGAAUUGGAGGUUGAUGAGGAAGAGGGUGCUGAAAAAACUGCUGGUGAUAUGUCAAAAGAACCUAAGCCUAAGAAAAUACGUUUGAGCGAAGAAGAACUGGCCUUAGGAGCCAUGAUGAUUAAGGGCAAAAAGACCCGACGUGAUUUAAUUGAUGCUGCCUGGAAUCGUUAUGCUUUCAACGAUGACAUUUUACCCUCUUGGUUUGUGCAAGACGAGGAGUUGCACAUGACUAAACCAGUACCAGUGCCUAAGGAAUUGGCCGAAGAAUAUCAACGUAAGGUCCAAGAACUUAAUGUACGUCCGAUUAAGAAGGUUAUGGAGGCAAAGGCCCGUAAGCGUAAGCGUGCCGUCAAGCGUUUGGCCAAGGCUAAGAAGCAGGCCGAAAAGAUUUUGGAAAAUGCCGAUGCGACCGCCCAGGAGAAGGCCAAACAGAUUAAGAAGAUUUACAAAAAGGCUCAAGAGAAAAAGAAGGAAGUUACCUAUGUGGUGGCCAAGAAACAUCAAACUGGUCGCCGUGCUAGACGUCCGGCUGGUGUUAAGGGACGUUACAAGGUGGUGGAUCCACGUGAAAAGAAGGACAAACGUUCUCUUGUGGCCAAGGGUAAGAGAGAUAAACGACAGGGUAAAGGCAAAGGCAAGGGUAAAAAAUAGAAUGUUUUUAAUCACACACACCAUAAACUCCUUAGCUGUUAUUAAUAGUUUUAACAAAAUGUAAGUAUAUUUAGAUAAAAAAAAUAAAUGUUUUUUACAAAAACCUAAAAA